ACUUUCCACAACUCCGCCACCGACAGGGCGGCCCCCGCCGACGUUCCUGGGUCCCCGCCCCGCCCUCCUGCGGUUCCAGCACCUUCUCAGAGCUCACCGUCCAACGCCUCGUCUCGGGCCACGCGGCCCUGCGCUUCCGGCUGUGCCAGGGGACCGAAGAAGUCGGAUACCAGCUCCUUCAUUUGGGUCACGCCCGACAACAGGUUCUGAAGAGAGUCGGCGUCUCCCGACCCGUCACAGAAUACCCGCAGCCGCUCCUGCUCUCCGUCGGGUCCGACGUACUCUCCCGAAAGCUCCAUGACGACCGCUUAGCUUUAAGAGCGCGCCACGGAAAAGCGCCGCCCGGAAGCGGAAACCAGCCGCAGCCGGCGCGGGCGGGAGAAGCCAGAGGAAUGACUUCCGUUUGUCUGAAACCGCUCCUCCCACUUCCUUCGCCUUCCUUCGUUAGGAUUGGUUCCUGGCACUCAGACCCCGCCUCCUGCGCUACGCCCCUCGCGGCCGCUUUUCCCGCCUCCGCCAGGGUCGAGCAGGGAGUCCCGGUGACAGUUGAGGAUGGCAGGAGCUGAGGACUCUGGACGGCAGUCGGAGCUGGAGCCCGUGGUGUCGCUGUGGGACGUACUUGAGGAGGACGAGGAGCUGGAGAAUGAGGCGUGCGCCGUCCUGGGCGGCAGCGACUCCGAGAAGUGCUCCUACUCGCAGGGCUCAGUAAAGAGACAGGCACUCUAUGCCUGUAGUACCUGUACCCCAGAGGGAGAAGAACCAGCAGGAAUUUGUCUAGCUUGCAGUUAUGAAUGUCAUGGCAGUCAUAAACUAUUUGAGCUAUACACAAAAAGAAAUUUUCGCUGUGAUUGUGGAAACAGCAAGUUUAAAAAUUUGGAAUGCAAAUAUUUCCUGUAAGACAAAGCAAAAGUAAAUUCUUGUAAUAAAUACCAUGACAUUUUUGGAUUAUACUGCAUUUGCAAGAGACCUUAUCCUGAUCCUGAAGACGAGAUGCUCAAGGAUUCUGAUUUGCCCCUUUCUAUGAAGUGGAUUGGACCUAUCCUGUCUGUGAAGAAUUGGUUUCAUGGAAGGCAUCUUGGUGCCAUUCCCCCUGAGAGUGGGGAUUUCCAAGAGAUGGUGUGCCAGGCUUGUAUGAAGCGUUGUUCUUUCCUAUGGGCUUAUGCCGCACAGUUGGCAGUGACCAAAAUAUCUGCUGAGGAUGAUGGGUUGAUGGUGAAUGUUGAUGGAAUAGGUGAUCAGGAAGGUAAGCCUGAAAAUGGAGAUCACCAAGAUAGUACCCUCAAAGAGGAUGUUCCAGAACUUGGAAAGGAGGCUGUCAAAGAUCCUAAGGCAGAGCAGAAAAAUGAACCAUGUACCAGCUCUAGUUCUGAAUGUGAUCUUCAGACAGUGGUUAAGAAUCAAAGCCUCAACUCGGAAUCACAAUCUAGCUGCAAACUUCAGGAGCUCAAAGCUAAGGAGUUUAUCAAGCGAGACACUGCCACCUAUUGGCCUUUGAACUGGCGUAGCAAGUUGUGCACCUGCCAAGACUGUAUGAAAAUGUAUGGAGAUCUAGAUGUCCUGUUGACAGAUGAAUAUGACACAGUUUUGGCCUAUGAAAACAAAGGCAAGAUUGACCAGGCAACUGAUCAGGACCCUUUAAUGGAUACCCUUAACAGCAUGAACAGAGUUCAGCAAGUGGAACUCAUUUGUGAAUACAAUGACUUGAAGACUGAACUGAAGGACUACCUGAAGAGAUUUGCUGAUGAAGGCACGGUUGUUAAGAGAGAGGACAUUCAACAGUUCUUUGAAGAAUUUCAGUCAAAAAAGAGAAGAAGAGUGGAUGGAAUGCAGUAUUAUUGCAGCUAGAGAGGAGCCAGAGCUUCCUCAUGCAGGCCAACGAAAAUGCCACUUACUGCCCCAGGAAUAAAUGAGGCCUACUUCAUACUUGGUCCCCUUUCCUCUGUGGAGAGGCCUCCUGCGCCUCAGGCUCCCUUCCUCCUUGACUACGGCAGCCACAUGGGUUAUGCUGACUUCACAGCCAGCAGCCUUCUCUAUGACUUAGCUAAAUGCAGCUCAUUCCACAGACUUCCACUCUCCUGCCCCAGGAUACCCAGGGUCCUCUGAUUAUAAGUUUUAAGAAGUUUGAUUUGAUUUUGAGAAAGCAAUUGGUUUGUUUUUAAAUGAUUUGUUCUUUUACUCCGGAGUGUGUGCACUUGGCCGCAGAGUUGUCUCCUUCCAGGACUUCCUCUGCAGGCGGCAUGGAAGGUUCUCUCGAUGUCAGUGGAGCCUUUCUAGGUCCCUCACCCCAUGAUUGUGGUGCCUUGGGUCAAAGCUUCCUCAAGCCUGGUCUGCCUCGUUCCCAUCUCCCUGUUUUCUGGGGUUGGGUCAUGGCUCGAAAAGAUCUUGGGACUUGUUUACUCUGGGCCCAACCUCCAGACCAACUAGGACUGAUGGUAAUUUUUGGCUUGGAUGUCUGUCAUGGGCAGGGAGAUGAAGUGAUGACAGGGUUGAGGAAGCAAACCUUUGUUACUAAUUUUACUAAUAAAGUGAAAUUUUCCUUCACAAUUCUACUGGCACUCAAACAUUAGAAGUUCAGUGCUGUAGUGCUCACAGGGCUUCAUGGGGAAAGUUGCCAGUACACCGGUCCCUUUUUGCUGCCUAGAAAAUGACCGGGUAUCACUCCUGUGAAAUCUUGGUGGUUUACAAAGUCCUCUGGAUUUCCUUAUAUUAUCAGGGAUAUUCAUAAGCAUAUAUUAAAAAUGGACCUAUUUUGAUAUUGUUCUGUUAUGAAAAUGUUAUUAGAACUCUAAUAAGUUAUUACUUUUUCCCCUUGAAUCUGUGCUGAAGACAAAAGAUACUGACUUACUUGCAGUGAGCAGGGUGGUGACUGCCCUGUUUUGGAAGAGACAGACUGUGGAAGAUUCCAGACAGGGCCCUGGGCUGCACGAGUGCUGAGCUUGUGUAUUGAAGCAUAACGUCCACAGCCGCUUUCCCUUGACUAUGAGGUCUUCUUCUGAAGUUCCUCUAGAAUGUUGUAUAAAACCCUGAGUUUGAGGGCAAGUCCUUUCAGUUGGUAAGAACUUUCUUUAUAGCCCUCAGUCCACAUGGAAAAAACCUUUUAAUAAAUAUAGAGCCCUCAGUUGUCCCCUCUGGAGGAACAGUUUUUCCUGACAAUAGAUGACACACUUUGAGGUAUCUUAGCAAAAUGUCCUAGGCUUUGGGGCCACACUUGUGUGUUAGUAUUCCCUUCAGGCCCAACAGUUGUAUGCAGGAGUACCCACCAGUCCCUGGAAAAGGUGAACAAGGCCCACAGACAUCAGAUCCUCAAAGAAAUGGUACCAUGCACACUCUUUGGCAUUCAGCCUCCUAACUACAGAUUCUUGUAGAGCCGGAAGGUGCUGUGGCUGCAGAUGUCUGCCCUGAGCUGGCCUCGUGGAGAGGGCUCCGUUAAGAACUCAAGGUGUCUGCAGACUAGUGCUUCAAGUCUGAGGAUGUUUUGAACCCCUUCUGCAAAAUUGCACUAAGUGUCUUCAUGUCCUGAAAGUUUGUAUCUUCCUGAAUGUCUGACUUAACCACCAGAAGCUCCUUACUCCCAUGACAGUUCAGGACCGAGUCUCAGAGGCGAUGCAUCACUGUGCCGCACAAUAGUACAAAUCACCCCAGUGCUGAAGGGCUUGUUUUAUGAAAGGUACUGCUCCUCCUUUUAUUAACCGGAGAACCUCUUUUUUUACCUGUUGUUCACAACUAGUUUUCUUAUUGACUGUAUUGGACCGUCUCUUCUUGUAGAGACCGAUUUUGGCCAACAUGUGGCAGUUGAUAUUAAUGCAUGUUUUAUGCAAAACAAAAAGUGGUAUUAGUUGCUUUUAAGGAAUUCUGGCAUUGUAUGUGCAUUUUUGUAGAAAUUGUUAUUGGACUUAUGAUUACAUGCUUAACUUCAAUCAGGUUUCUGUAAAAUUUAAAUAAAACCAAUUCAA